UUUCCAACACUGUUGUAUGACCUUUUAUAUCACAGAGCCUUUGAACUGCCCCCAACAGUGAAUAAAAAGAGGGUGCAGGUCAAAAGGAAAGUCAGGACCUUGUCGGACCAGACAAUCCUGCACAACCUGAGCUGACGUGUUGGAUCGGGUAAAAUACUACUCUAAAUCCAUUUCCUGCUGCUGCUUUUGGUGGUGAGGAAGGGUGUUGAGUCCAUAGUUGGAUUUUUGCUAAGUCUUUAUACUGAGGGGAAUGUCAGGAAAGAUGUGUAGCAGCAACAGUGUGGUUCAAACAAAAAAACUGGUGGAUCAACUUCGGGUGGAGGCAAGCAUGGAGAGAAUCAAGAUCUCCCUGACAGCAGCAGACUUGGUUCAGUACUGUCAGGACCACAGGCGCAGUGACCCUUUGCUCACUGGCAUCGCUGCCUCAUCCAAUCCUUUCAAAGAUAAGAAGACCUGUGUGCUGCUUUGACAGUCCUGAGUGAAGAUAGCCAACACAUUAUAGACUGCCAUAUGGACACAUCAUGUGAAGAUGUAACCACAGAUUUUUUACUGUCAAAUGUGUUCCUGAUAAACUGCCCUGUCACCAGUGAAAUAGCAGAUUGUUUUAAUAUCUACCUUUUCCCUUAAAGCUUCUCCUUUGAGGAUAAACACCACAUAUAGUGCACUUCGUGCAUCUGAUAUUGUCUAAAUUAAAGACAGCACUAUGAUAAAAAUACAAAUAAUGGCUUUACUUUUACUAUUGACUUUAUAACCUUAAUUAAUUUAA